AUGACACCGAUUAAGACUGACGAAGAUGUCAGAUCGAUGUUUCAAUGUCAUGUAACAUUAUCUCAAUUACCCAGCAUUGAGAUAUAUGUUCGUCUAGUUGAUAUUCCCGAAGAACAAUCGAGUGACAAUGUUGAGGAACAACCGUCUCACUGUUAUCCAACGCAAUUUGUACAGUCACACGACUAUGGAAUGAGUCAAGCCAUUGGCGAAGAGCCGACUCAAAAUAAUGAACCUUUCAUACCAAAUGAAGAGGUGGGCGAGAAUAGUGAGGAUGAUCUUGAGGAGGUUCGAUUUGAAGAUCUUUUCGGUGUUAGCGAUGACGAUGGCAAUGAGGAAAUAUUAGACACACUGGAUGUUGCACUAAGAGCGCAACCAAUUAGUUUGUACAAUCCACCUGCGCACAUGCAAAAUAUAAGUUUGGAUGAUGCCGAACCAAGCUCCGUUUUCGGCAGUUCCAUACCAACUCACAACUCUGACGAAAUUGAGGAGGGCAUAGAGUAUGAAGAUAAGGAAGAGUGUCUUCUGGCGUUGCAACAAUGGCAUAUAAAACGUAGUCUAGAUUUCUCUGUGGUUAAAUCUGACAGUGUACGUUUUGUCAUCAAAUGUAGAAAUGCAACAUGCAAUUUCAAAUGCAGGGUGUCUUUGCGCAAGGGCAACUCAAGGUGGAGAGUUGGUAAGUCUAGUGGGCCUCAUACGUGCACAACCACUUCCAUGUCACAAGACCAUACAAAAAUCAGUUCAGAAAUGAUUAGCAAGAGCAUAAUGGAGCUUGUAAAUCGGGACGCUUCUCUUAAGGUGAAGGUUAUCAUUGCUCAUGUUGUUGAGAAAUACCGGUAUAUCAUAUCAUACAAAAAGGCAUGGAUUGCAAAGUGUAAGGCGGUUGAGUCGCUCUAUGGAAAUUGGGAGACAUCUUACAACGAUCUUCCGUAG